CCAGGUUUCGGAGCAGCGUUGAGGCAUCAUCCCUAUACGCUGUGUGCGGGACGGAUCUCUGGGAGCCAGCCGCAGCGCCUGCAUUGUUUUGGGGACCUCUACUAUUUGUUGCUCACCACCAGCUGAAAGGGGAAUAUCUCACCAUUCCACCACCAGCCAUCUCUGUGCUUUUCUCUGCUGCUGCUGCUGCUGCUGCUGCUGAUCUGGAUUUUGGCUGCACUGCUGGACUAUCACGCAGGGGAUUUAUAUUUGUAUUGAUUUCCAUCUGCCGCCCGCUCCGCCUCGGACACCGCCACUUUUUUCUCUCUGAGGGAUGUAUAACAGCGGGUUGAAUCCUGCGCUCUGAACACGGGAGAAUAUCCACGCACUGUCUGCUGAAUGAACUGCUGCUGUGCGCCCUUGGUUUUUGGAGCAGGUCUCUCUUCUGGAGAUGCUCUCGUGCGUCUGACCGGGGUUUGUGGUCCGUGCGUAUCCCCUCUGGAUCGGGAUAUAAGGUGAAGCAGUUGCCGCGGAACGCUUGUCCUUUAUUUUUGUGGACAUAUUUUUUUUUUAUUUGGAGGAGGAUUGAGCACCGACCCGGAGGCGCGCAGGCUGCACCAUGGGGGACUCGAUGUGGAGAUAUUAUUUCGGAGUUUUGUUUAUUGCCUUCAAAGUGGACCUGUGCCGGGCGCUCAUCCUGGAGUCCAUCUACUGGAACACAACAAAUACCAAAUUCGUGCCAGGCCAAGGCGUGGUUUUGUACCCCCAGAUCGGGGAUAAGUUGGACAUUGUGUGCCCCCGCGUGGACGGCGGGGUGGCCGACGGUGUGGAGUAUUACAAGGUGUACAUGGUGCCCAGGGAGCAGCUGGAGAGCUGCACCAUCACCAAGGCCGACACGCCGCUCCUCAACUGUGUCAAACCCGACCAGGACGUCAAGUUCACCCUGAAGUUUCAGGAGUUCAGCCCCAAUCUGUGGGGCCUGGAGUUCUUCAGAGGGAAGGACUACUACAUCAUCUCCACGUCUAACGGCACCAUGGAGGGCAUCGACAACCAGGAGGGGGGCGUGUGCAAGACCAAGUCCAUGAAGAUAGUCAUGAAAGUGGGACAAAAUCCCUCUGAUCCUAUUUCACCCAAAGACAACCCCACCAGAGUACCCUACCCUCCCAAGCACUCAGACGACAAGGACACCUACAAUCCUAACGACGUGCUGGAGAAGCCAGGUGUAGCACACAGAGAAAGCAACGACAACGACGACGGGGGAAAGUCCUCCAGCGUCAUCGGCUCCGAGGUGGCCAUCUUCGUGGGCAUCGCCUCGGGCAGCGUCAUCUUCAUCAUCAUCAUCAUCAUGCUGGUCCUGCUGCUGCUCAAGUACCGGCGGCGGCAUCGCAAGCACUCCCCGCAGCACGCCGCCACGCUGUCUCUAAGCACCCUGGCCACGCCCAAACGGAGCGGCGGCGGGAACAAUAACGGCUCGGAGCCCAGCGACAUCAUCAUCCCGCUCAGGACUGCUGACAGCGUCUUCUGCCCGCACUACGAGAAGGUCAGCGGCGACUACGGGCACCCGGUCUACAUAGUUCAGGAGAUGCCGCCUCAGAGUCCGGCCAACAUCUACUACAAAGUCUGACGAGGAACUUUUACGGGAACAAUCCUCGGGCAGAGCGGGUUUUUGAUUUGGCCAGGCACCGCCGGCACGCCCGCUAACUCUCGCUCUUUCUCUCUCUCACUCUGUCGACUCCUCCUCCUCCUCCUCCUCCUCCUCCUCCUCUCCUCUGAUGUUUUGUCACUAGUUUUUCUUUCUCAAAGUUUGCUGAUACCUUGUGGCUUCGGUUCGGUUACAGUCGGUGCGGAUUAAAAGUGUGGAGGGCGGAGAGAUGGCUGAAGCUGCCACUGCUGCUGCCGGGGCUCUGGGGGAAAUAAAGAAGAUGAUCUCUUCUUCCCCCUAAAAGUUGCUCCCCGUUUUGUUUUGUGCACUGCAGCCAGCGAGGAUUGUGGGAUUGGAAAAGUCAGACGGGCGCACAGUGUGUUUUUGCUAUUUUCAGAUGGGACGGACAGAUGGAUGUAUGGACGUGAAGGUUUCCUGGCACGAGAGGAGGGGAAGAAAAAAGACACUACUGCUUGGAAAAAGAGAGCUAAAGAGACAAAAAAAAAAAAAAAGAGUGAGGAGGACAGAAAAAGGAGAAUAUCGGCUGACCAUGAACUCUCAAAAUGGCUGCCCGCUGUUGAGAGACUCUGUGGAUUUAGCAGGCGGAGGAGGAAAAUGGAGAGAGAUCCUCGCAGCGAUCCUCUCUGGGACUUUUCCUGACUGACUCACGGAGAUCACCCAUUCACCCUGCCACCCACAUGCCCACCAUCACAUAAACACACAAUCACCCACGCACACAGACACACUGUCUCAAUGUGAACCGUUUGGGUUCCCAUGUGGAUCGCACCGCUUCUUCCUCAUCCCAGAAAGUCAUCCAUUCAGAUUUUACUUGAAGGUGUUCUGUAUCUGUUUCUUUUCAUAUCCUGUCGUCGUUCAAACGCAGAUGUUCUUUCCUUUCGUGACAUGCCGCAUCGUGUCGAGUGACCCCCCCCCCCCCCCCCUCAGUGGCUAGGAGUGGUGAAAGUGUGCAAAGGCAGAGUGAGGAUUCUUUUCUAUUUGUGCCCUCAUGUAGGGACUCUGGUGCACGCCAUGGUCUACCCAAAGGGACUCCUGGAAAGAGUGGAGGACUUUCAUACACAUAGAGCAGCACUUUGAACCCCAUUCUGGUACCUCCACUCUUUGCAGAGAGAGACGCAGUGAUAGCUAGAGAUGGGAGAGCAGCUGUAUCCUGUCAGAGUGAGCAGCAGCAGCAGCAGCGACGACGGCUCUCGUCUUUGUUAACCCACACUGAAGUUUGAGGGGCAAUAAGAAAUCCAGUUCGCCUUACUGCCGCAUGAGGUGAAGACGAGGCCCGAGAUCUAGUUGCGGUUAGCGUAGCUGGCUGACACAGCUCUAGGUACUGUAAUGUUUACCCCGAGGGCGAUUAAGGGUGCCCUGCGUAAUCGGUGCUCUCCUGUUCCAGCACGCUCCACAUCCCAACUUGUUAAACACGACAGCUCUGCAAGAAGCCCAGAGCUUCAAAAUAUGAAGCAGCAGGUACCCCCUCUAUAGCUUUGGGUUCUGCACAUACAGGACUCCAUGUUUAAGUAAGCAAUGAUAGCAUUCAAGAGGAAGUUAGACUAUCAAAACAAAGCUGUCAGAUUAUGUUCUUUACUUAACGCACAUCCAUCAGUUUUGUCUAAUUUUUCAAAAAAACAUCUAAAACAUAAAUUACAUAUUCACAGGAGUUUCGGCACCUUCAUUUCCACAACAUUAACCCUUAUGGUAUUUGUCGUUGCAUGCCCAAAACUCAUAAAAUGUCAACAGUUCCUGCAACCUUUUAUUUUGAAAGUUGCACCAAAUAUUGCACCUCUAUGAUGACGAUCUUGACGUCUUUAUUUAGAAGUCUUAGAGGAUGUUUAAUCGCUUCACCACAGAGAGAUCUUCACAUGUAGAACCGAUGGCGGGGGAGUACCCGGAGCGUCUUAUUUUGAAGGGCUGGGUCACUGAGCUCGUGUGUUUGCAAGUUGGGAGUGCGAACGUACUGACUAUUAUUGAUUUGUUUUUAAAGCACAGGGACAUCUUCUUACAUUGUCACUGUUUCCCAUCCUCCAUUAGCAUUUCCAUAUUGUGAGUUUUUGAUUUACUCUUUUUUUUUUACUUAAUAGAUGUACAUUAAAAAAAAAAAAAGGACAUUACAAAGAUGAAAAAAUACAAAUAAAAAGCAGAAUUUAUUUAUGAUAGACACAUAGAGCACAGGUGUUGUCAAGCAGGAUGGAGGACACAAAGAAGAAGAAGAAGAAGUAAUGUUAAUAUAUUAUGGUAUAAGUGCACAUUAUGCAAUCUAGGUUUUUCAUUAUUUGAUAUCUCUCGACCCGCUGAGUCCUGUAUUUUCACGAGCUCUCGCCCUCAGACUCUGGGCUCGGCUAGGGCAGCCUGGGCCCCGGCCCCUGGGGCGUGGGGUUAGGGGACCCCGAAUAGCUCACAUUGGUGUAUAAAAGGGCAGAGUAGCUGUGUCUACCACACUCACUCAGUGUAGCAUCUCCCAAAGGAAAACUCCCAUGAACACCCAGUGCCCCGAUUCUCCUCAUACACACCCUUCAUGUUCUCUGUGCAUGUGUGUGUGUGUGUGUGUGUGUGUGCGUGUGUGUUGAGCAAGUAUCAGUGAUUCACAUUCAUUUAUAUCAUCAGCGUAGGAUCAUAAAGGUGACCUAAGCUGCUCCCCGAGCAUGAAUCAGCCCAUCGUCAUUUGUUUUUAAAGAACAUCAAAUUUCACCGAAAAGCCAAGCCUUGUAUGAUCUGAGGUUUGUGCCUCCAAGAGGCUACAAAAUCUGCAAAUAUGCAAUUCUUAUUUAUUUUUUUAAUCGAUUCUGAGAAAAAAAAAAAACACCUAUGGAAAGUGUUCUUAACCACUGAAAGAUGUAACGACAAACAGAUGACACAAAACUAGCAAAGUACGUCACACAUGCCUGCUGUCGGGUUCUGAUUUCCUGCAUUAUCUCGAGUAUUAUUUGAACCUUUUUCUGUUUGAACGACGUUGCCGUAGUACAAAGGUAAACUGUGAAAAAUGAAACCAUUCAAAACGCAUAAAUAUAUAUAUCACACCUGGACAGGUUUUCAAGAAAAGAUGACACACGUACGACAAAGAAAUGGCUGUUUAGUUGCUGUCUGUCUGCGGCAGAAUAUGACAAUCUUAUUAGUUUCUUUGAAUCUGGCGUCCUUUUCUGAGCCGCCGCUCGACUAACGCUCUCUCAACAUUGACCCGGCUCGCUUCAAAAGCCUUUUUGUUUGAAAUGUGGCGGCGAUGCUGCGAGAGUCUUAGCACAGGGGGCUCGGAGAAGCACUUCAGGCUACUGUAAAAUGCCUUGCUCGUAUGGUCAGCCCUCGGUCACUUGACUCAGUAAUUUUGCACCGUACUUCUGUAGGUAAACAAACUGUAAAUACAUUAAUGUUUGUAUUGUAUAUGGAUCCUGGGUUGUUACAAUAGCCUUAUUCACCUUUUUAGGAAAGUAAAUGGAAAAAAAAAGUUCAGAAAAAAUGGAAUACACUUCAGUUGAAACAGAGCAUACUACUUUUUUGGUAAAUAGCUUAUGUAAAUAUUGACCAGAACCCAAUAAAAACAUUUUUUAUAAACUCUUAAAGUAAGAUGUUUUGUAUAAAAUUUGAAUUUUUUGCUAUGUAUUUUAGCUAGCGCUCGAUGGAAAGUCCGUGUCCUCCCCACUCCCUCCCCUUUUGCACUGUUUCCAUGGUAAUUUGGUUUAAAAAAAAAAAA